AUGUUCGGAUUUGUCAGGGACUCGCUGUGGCCGCCACCCGCCGAGGCGGCGCCGGGCCUGGGCCCGCCGCCCGGCGCAGCGGGAGGCGGAGCCGCCCCGUUCCCGUCGGCCGCGCUCGACGCCGUCUUGGCGUACGGCGUGGACACGGCCUUCAAGUACGGCCUGGACACGAGCUUCGGUGCGGUGCAGACGAUGUGUGCCGUGCUGGGCCUGGUUGGCGGCGCCACCGUCAUGGGCGUGGCAAGGAGAGCCUGGCUCCCCAAUCGCAUACCGGUGGUGCACAUGUACAACCGUUUGCGACGGGAGGGCGGGCCGCUGCUGUGGCCACACCUGCGCCUUCGUUUCGGGGAGAGCCCGUACAGCAAGCUGACGCGGGACAGGGCCGUGAUCUUGCAGGGGCGCCCGCAGGAGGGAAAGACGACGCUGUUGCGCACCUCCAUCCCAUGGUACAGAAGAUGGAACGUGUGGCCCUUGUCAAACCUUUUCCUGUGGCGCGGCAUCUACUUCAACGGGGCCCAUGCCACGGGGACGUCCUUCGAGCGCUGGCUCGUGCAGCAACUGUUCGGGUCCGUGCCGCAGGGCGGUUCCGAGCUGCAUGGCGCGCUGACGGAGUACCGCCACCGCCAGUGGUUCCGCAUUUUGAUGGAGAAGAUGCGGCUGCCGUUCAUGAACCCCCGGCCUGUUCUGCUCAUCGUGGAUCAGUUCGAGCAGCUCAUGGUCGCGCACCCAAGCCAAGCCUUGCCGUGGGCCGACAUGCUGACGCAGCACCACGUGCGCGACAACCUAGCCCGUGUGAUAUUCGUCGUGAGCUCGGACGCGGGCGUGCAGUCGCUAAAGUGGUACACAUACUUUGGGCAGAGGUACAACACAGUCGUCAUGGACCCGCACUCCAGCCAGGACUUGUGGAAGCUGUCCAUGAUAGACCGCGAGCUGCUCUCGCGCUGUCAAACAACGUCGGACUCUACAAGCUCGUCCAGCGGGAGAUCGAGGAGGGGAGGUUCACGGCCGAUUGCGGUGACGAGCUGGCCAAGUUCGUCAAGCUGA